ACGCUCUGACGUCACUAGCGGCGGCAGUCGAGCGCGGGCUGGUCAGCCAUGGGGGCAGCGGCGGCCGAGGCGGACCGGACCCUCUUCGUGGGCAACCUGGACCCCAAAGUCACCGAGGAGCUCAUCUUCGAGCUCUUCCACCAGGCGGGUCCGGUGAUCAAGGUUAAGAUCCCGAAGGACAGAGACGGCAGACCCAAGCAAUUCGCUUUCGUGAACUUCAAACACGAAGAAUCCGUCCCUUACGGUCUGAGCCUUCUCAACGGCAUCAAGCUGUUCGGGAGGCCCAUCAAAAUCCAGUUCCGAUCAGGGAGCAGUCACGCGUCUCAGGAGGGCGGCGCAGCCGGUGCCCCACAUGGAGCUGCUGGCACCAGCCAGUCUGGCGCACUGCACCCGGCCCCGAACUGCAGCAGAUACGACAGGAGCACAGACAGUGUGGCAGCAGCGGGAUUCUCCUCGGUGCAGCGGUGCCCACCGGCAGCUGACAACCUGCAGAGACAAGCAGUGAUGAACAGCACCUUGCGGUCACAGCCACCCUUCGGGGGCAAGUAUGAGCCGCCCGGCUAUGCCCCGCCUGGCUACCAGCACCCCCACGCCUUCCACCCCUCGGCAGCCCCCCUGAUGCCACGGCGCCCGGAGCUGCCAGCCAUGCGCAAGGUCCGCCUGAACACCCACCCCUACCACCCUGAGGGCAGGCACUUCGGCCGUGAGCCGCGCUUCGGCGAGCGCAGCUUUGACGAGAGGGGACACCAUGACGCUGAGCACCACUGCCGCGGCGGCAGGGACGAGCCUGCCUACGACGACCGGCACCGUGACAGCUGGAGCCACGACUAUGACUACCGGAGAGAAAGCUACCGGGAGGGCAGGUGGCACCCGUCCCGGCACUGACGCAGGUCCCCGCGUUGGCACAGGUGGCGCUGGUGCCUCAUCGAUGCUGUAAAGGACUCAAUGGCAAAAAAAGUUCAACCUGUUUCUUGAUGUGUUAAAAAAAAAAAGAGGCCCCCCCCCCCGCCCCAAGACCCAUCCCAGUUACCAUUUAAUGUUUAUAAACUACCAGCAGCACAGGGCCACAGACCUCUUGGGUUUGAACGAUUUAACUCCACACCUCAGGGCUUUUUGUAGGGGGGGGGGAAAAAGAGAGGUCAGAGCAGUGCUCAGCGCUGGCUGCACUGCACUGCACUGCAGCGCAGCAGCCCCUUGUGUAGGGGAAGGGGCUGCGUCCAAAGCAUCCGAGGUGGGACAGGCACUUUUCCCGGCGUUUUAAUUCUCACGCAGUGUUUUUUGAUACAGAAUUAUUUGGAUAUUCCGUGUUUUGGAGAAAAACAUUAAAAAUCUCCCUGGA